UGAGACUACGAGAGAUAAAACUGCCAACACUUGUAGGUGGAGAUCGACACUGAAGUCUACAAUAGAAAAAAAAAUGGUCAAAGAACAUAAAAGGAAAGGAAAAAUGCCGGCCCUCAGGAGACGACGAGAGCGCAACAGCAGCGUGAUGUCACCAAACACAAAGUCUGCUGAGGACAGCAGACCAAGGAAAAGGAAAAAGGCUGCAGAUGAGACCCCCAGAAGACGGAUCAUGGUCUCUCAGAUGGCUGGAGCCUCCACAAGAUGCCAGGUCCCAAUCAGAACCAUGAUGAGACUGAGGAGUAACGCCACAAAGGAGGCAGAGGAAUUUUCACCACCAGCCAAGAAGAAGAAGAAGGGUCUCCUGCAGCGAGUCCUUACCAAAGAGCCUCCACUCUCCUGGGACAUCAGCUCAGGUUGGCUUCAGAAGAAAAAUCUAAUUAGAUAUAUUGAAGACUUUGAGAAACCACUGAAGAGGAAGAAGAUGAAGAUGGAGGAAGAAAGAAUGGAUUCCCAAAGAGGCGAAUUCCAGGAAAAGUAUGUCGAGCUUCAUCAGCUUGGAGAUGGAGGUUUUGGAUCUGUGUUUGCUGGAUAUCGGGUCGAGGGUAAAUUGCCUGUGGCUAUCAAACACAUCCCGAAAGACAACGUGGUCAUCAAACAUAAGGAUGAGAACGGCAGAGAGCUGGCCAUGGAGACUGUAAUCAUGUUGAAGCUGAGGACUGCAACAAUGCCGCAGUUGGCCAUGGUGUCCCUGCUGGACUGGUACGAUCUGGAUCAGGAGCUGAUUUUAGUGAUGGAGCGGCCCAUGUUUGCUGAGGACCUUCUGGUCUAUCUUAAAGAGUGUGGAGGCUGUCUAAAUGAGAAGGAGGCCAAGAUCAUACUGAAACAGCUAGUAGAAGCAGCGCUCUACCUUCAGAAUGCAAACAUCUUCCACAGGGACAUUAAGGUGGAAAAUACCCUGAUUGAGACCACCGCAGAAGGCCUACAAGUCUAUCUGAUAGACUUUGGUUUAAGCUGCUUUGAUGACAGAAGAAAACAUGAACUACUGUGUGGGACUCCUGAACACCUCCCACUGGACUGGUUCAUGCACAACAACUACUGUGCUGAACCCACAACAGUGUGGCAGCUGGGUGUGGUGCUUUUCGAGGUGGUCCACAUGAUGCGGUUCAACAGCCACAGCUUCCUGAAAAACAAGCUUAAGAUCAGCAAAAGGCUCUCCAAGAACUGCCAGGAUGUUCUGACAAAGUGUCUAAUGGUUGAUCCUGUGGAUCGUCCCACACUGGAACAGCUGCUGGGCCACCCGUGGUUUUCGUAGCUUACACACACACACACGCACACGCACAUAUGUUUAUGGACACAUACAUACAUCUACUGAAUGCUUCACUUUCAAAUUAUAACCUUUUUGAUGUUGGGGGUGGGUGAUAUGUUAAAGCUAAACAAUCCUUCCUUCCAUCCUUUCUUCUCUCAUUCCUUCCUUCGAUCGCUUCUUCCUUCCUUCCUUGCAGGUUUGAGAGGGGGUCUGGUCCCAGUCUCCAGCAGCCUGUCUUCUUCUUGUGGAAACAAUAUUCAUACGGUUAAUUUGUGACUUUUGCUUUUCUCUGAGUGCUCUUGUUGAAACUACAUCUAUAAUUUUCAUUGGGACGUUUACUUUGUAUUUA